AUGCUUCAUGAGAGACAGAGACAGAGACAGAGACAGAGACUGAGACAGAGACAGAGACAGAGACAGAGACAGAGACAGAGACAGAGACAGAGACAGAGACAGAGACAGAGACAGAGACAGAGACAGAGACAGAGACAGAGACAGAGACAGAGACAGACAGAGACAGAGACAGAGACAGAGACAGAGACAGAGACAGAGACAGAGACAGAGACAGAGACAGAGAGAGAGAGAGAGAGAGAGAGACAGAGACAGAGACAGAGAGAGAGAGAGAGGAAUUUUGAGUUCUUUCCAUCCAUCUUACCAUAUACAUCUUAA